CCUUAUCAGAUAGAAGUAGAUUUCCUACGUUAUUUAGAACGCAUCCAUCUGCCACUGUACAUAAUCCAACUAGGAUUAAAUUAAUGCAGAAAUUUGGAUGGUCGCGAGUUGCGAUUCUCCAACAAGCCGAAGAAGUGUUCAUAUCGACCGUCGAGGAUUUAGAAACUCGAUGUAAGGAUGCUGGUAUCGAGAUAGUGACGAGACAAUCAUUCCUUUCCGAUCCAACCGAUGCGGUACGAAAUCUGCGAAGACAAGAUGCUCGUAUCAUCGUCGGACUAUUCUACGUAGUCGCAGCCAGGCGAGUACUUUGCGAAAUGUACAAACAGCAGCUUUACGGCAGGGCGUACGUGUGGUUUUUUAUUGGAUGGUACGAAGAUAACUGGUACGAAGUAAAUCUCAGGAACGAAAACAUCUCUUGUACCAAAGAACAGAUGAGGAUGGCAGCCCAGGGUCAUCUGACAACAGAGGCACUCAUGUGGAAUCAAAACAAUCAGAAAACCAUCUCAGGAAUGUCAUCCGAAGACUUUCGAAAACGCUUGAACGAUGCGCUAAUUGAAGAAGGUUAUGAUAUCAAUCAUAAUCGCUACCCCGAAGGAUACCAAGAAGCACCACUGGCGUACGAUGCUGUGUGGAGUGUGGCCUUAGCAUUCAACAAGACAAUGCGUAAACUCAAGGGAAAGAACUUAAAAGAUUUUACCUACACUGAUAAAGAAAUUGCAAACACUAUAUAUGCUGCUAUGAACUCGACGCAAUUUCUUGGCGUAUCGGGAUGGGUGGCAUUCAGCUCUCAAGGUGAUCGUAUAGCUUUAACACAAAUUGAACAGAUGAUUGACGGGAAGUACUUCAAAUUAGGAUAUUAUGACACACAAGCCGACAAUCUCACAUGGUUCAUCACGGAAAAGUGGGACGGUGGAAAG